AUGGACAACUAUCACGUGCUUCAUCCCAUCGGAGAAGGCUCAUUCGGCAAGGUCUUCAAAGGCCGAAGAAAAUUCUCAGGCCAGAUCGUAGCCUUAAAGUUUAUUACCAAGCGUGGAAAAACAGAAAAAGAUUUAUCAAAUCUCCGGCAAGAAAUCGACAUCCUCCGCGGGCUGCAUCAUGAAAAUAUCAUUCUUAUGCUUGAUACCUUUGAAACUCCUCACGAGUUUUGCGUUGUUACUGAGUUUGGACAAGGAGAGCUUUUUGAAAUUUUAGAAGAUGAUAAAAAUCUGCCAGAAAAUGAAGUAAGAAAAAUCGCUCAGCAGCUGGUGUUUGCGCUGCAUACAAAAAAUGGCGCAGUGAACCAGCAAAAUCUGCUAACAUCUGUAGCUGGGGAGACACAGGGACCUUGUGGGAGGGAGUUUUGGAGUUCUUUAUGUAUAUUCAGCCAGUCCCUACUUGGCUUGGUGAAGCGCAAUGUUUGAUUGGUGUACCGCACUUUUUAUUUGUGUGAAUCAUGGAGACAAAAGGGAAUUGCAAAAAUAUUCUGCCUUGAUGAAAAGUCAAGGAUUGUGAGCUUGAUGCAAGAUCUUUUGACGAAAUUGACUCAAAUUAUAGUGUUAGUGACAGUGAAGACAGUUUGUUUUGAGAUGAAGAGUUUUGGGAUAGAGUUGAAGAAAUUCUUGGAGAUGAAGGAACAGUUUCUGAGGACAGCGAAGUUGAAGAGGAUGAAGAAAAAAAGUAGAAGAGGAUGACUGGGAGCAAGAAUUGCUGCGAGCUGUUGGAGGAUUGGAGGGAAUAGUGAUGGAUGAAUGGGAGUUGAUAUUGACCUCUCAUUCAAUUCGAUCACUACCCUACGAAAUCGACAGCAUAGAAAAGAAGGAGGCCAAAGAAACUAAAGAAACCAAAGAAACUAAGGAAACCAAAGAAACCAAGGAAACCAAAGAAACCAAAGAAACCAAAGAAACCAAAGAAGCCAAAGAAACCAAAGAAACCAAAGAAACCAAAGAAACCAAAGAAACCAAAGAAACCAAAGAAAAACUAAAGAAACCAAAGAAAUCAAAGAAACCAAAAAACCAAAGAAACCAAAGAAGCCAAAGAAGCCAAAGAAACCAAAGAAACCAAAGAAACCAAAGAAACCAAAGAAACCAAAGAAACCAAAGAAACCAAAGAAACCAAAGAAACCAAAGAAACCAAAGAAACCAAAGAAACCAAAGAAACCAAAGAAGCCAAAGAAACCAAAGAAACCAAAGAAGCCAAAGAAAUCAAGGGGGCCAGAGAAAGCAAGGAAAUCACAGAAAACGAUGGAAAUAAAGAAACGGUGACAAAUUCAGUUGUCAAGGGGGAAAAACACCAAUAGUGGUGGGAAAACUGGAAGAGGAGGAAAAAAAGCGCAAGCAGUUUGGUAUAAAUCGCUUAUUUUUGGUGAAAAAACCCAAUUUUAAGUUCAAAAUGAUCCAUAAGGAUCGUUAGGCAGAAAUUUCUGCUAGAUUCUAUAAGAUAAGAUAAGAUUGGUGUACCGCAGGCUCACAUUCAGUUCAAGGUUUUGCCUCGGAUUAAGAUAGAGUUCGGAGUUAGAAAGGUGCCUCCCGCCAAUACUAGUGAGGUUCCUCCUUGCUGAUCAAGAACGUUCCCCAACACGAUGCCAGGUGUUACGUCCUGGAUUACGAAUUUUCAUCUUGACCGACAGUUGAUCAGAAAAUUUGUCUUUUGAAUUUUCUAGAAGCCAAACCCUGUUGACUUAUAUGGCACGAUGACCCAAACUUUCCUACUGUCAGGGAGCAUAUAUGCUGGUAGGAGCAAGACUUUGAAGGUCGCGAGACAAUUAUCAGCGAAGCAGACGAGUGGAGAGUUAUGGCAGGGAAUAAGGUUCUUCAGAUCCGACUAUAAUUAAAAUAAGUAUAAGUGUAAGGUAUUUGCGCUACAUUAUUUACAUAGCAAUAGGAUUAUUCACAGAGAUAUGAAGCCACAGAAUAUUUUGAUUACUGCGAACGGGACAGUUAAGCUAUGUGAUUUUGGGUUCGCUAGAGCUAUGAGCUCAAACACAAUAGUUUUGACUUCCAUUAAAGGUACUCCGCUAUAUAUGGCUCCAGAGCUUGUACAAGAGCUGCCAUAUAACCACACAGCAGAUUUGUGGAGCUUGGGGGUCAUUAUUUAUGAGCUGUUUGUGGGACAGCCUCCAUUUUAUACGAAUUCUAUAUACACUUUGAUCAAUUUGAUUGUGAAAGAUCCUGUGAAGUUCCCUGACAACAUGAACCCUGACUUCAAGUCUUUCCUGAAAGGACUGCUCAAUAAAGCUCCCCAAGAAAGACUUGCGUGGCCUGAUUUACUGAACCACCCAUUUAUAAGGGAAACCAGCGAAGAAAAACUAGCCAGAGAGUCCAGGACUAAUAAAUAUCUGAAAUGGGCUGGGAUUGAGCACCCUUUAUCUGACUCAGCCCCUAAAAAGCAAGCUGCAUCUGUAUCAGAAGGAUCAGAUAUCUGGCAAAGAUAUGAAACUAUGGCUAGUGAUGAAGCAGGGGCUACAAGGCUUAGACAUGAUGCACAGUUCCUUGACAGAGUGAUGUCGCUGUUCCAAAUGAAUGCUGAUUUCAGGACUGCAAAGGACAGAAAAAACAAUAUAAUUUCGGCUUUGAGAGCGAUAAUUUUGAUUGUAUCCAAAGCUAAGCUUGAAGACCCAAACCAAGACAUUUUGAAGUCUGCAGCGUUGACUAGUGGACUAAUUGGACUAAUAAAACGAUGCAUUAGACUUGAUCAAGGAUCGCCUGCGCCAGUAUUGACAGACAUGGUAUCUGAAAUUGUAAGAGCAGCUGGGCUGAUUGCAAGAGCUACCUUCAAUAAAUCAUUAGGCAUCGAGCCAAAUAUGGUAAAAGGCUUUAUUGUGCUGGUACCUCAACUGCUGUACUACCCAAAUGGCCCAGGCUCAAACUGUAAUAUAGACCAAGCAAUGACUUUGCUACAAGUCAACACUGUAAAAUCAGUCGGAAUUAUCCUAAACCAAGCAGGACUAAUCCCACUCAGAUGCAUUUUUGUCUAUACAGACAUAAUAGAAACCAACACUUUGCAUGAAAUUUGUCUGCUCAUAAAGCAAGGGAUCUCUCAAGGUGUAAGCUCGCUCCACAAAUCAGCGAUCCAAGCCAUCCAAGUUAUCAUCCACCCUUCAAGCGGAGAUGUGAUUCCUUUUCCUUGGAAGCGCGGAGGCCGAAACGAACUUGUUGACGACUACAAUGCAAAUUUCCACUUCUUCGAAAACCUCAGACAAGUUGUGUGGAAAGCGUUUAACCAAUUUGACUGACUCCAGUGCUUAGUUCAGAUCUUUAACUCAGACGACGAAGGUAAUGUCACGAAACUGUCAGUUUUAAGGGUCCUACUACAAAUGAUGAGGAUUUCUAGAGACGCUGUCGACGUCGUGCUGCCUCACAAAGGAGCGAUGAAUCUGCUCUAUGGGCUGAUUUCAAAUCCAGAUCCAGUACUUGCGUCGAUUUCUCUGCAGAUCUUGACACACAUGCUAAAGCAGAUCGCAGCUUAUAAGAGGAAAAAUUUGGACCUUGAAGUUGAUGUAGGAUACCUAUUAGAGUCAUUUGAAGAAAAUUGCCUGGUUCAAGAAUCUUAUAUAAUUAAUUAUCAAUUUAGCUAUCACAGAAUGGACAGGGGAUUUGCACUUGUGCGUGCUCGUCAUCCAUAAGGAUCCUAGCCCAUCUCUCCACCAGAGGAGAGCCUUGCACAACCAGCUAAGACAUUCUUAGGGCUUAUUCUCCAAGACGUAACUCCAAAAUUAUGUUACUCAUUUUAUCAUCUUGUGAUUUGUGGCUAACCAGAAUCAUAGCUAGCAUGCUCUUUCCAAGAACCAACUGAGAUAAAAUCCUAUGUUUCAGGGAUUAGCUGUCUAAGAUAUGAGUUUAACCACCAUCGAUAUACACCAAGGAUGCUGGACCUGUUUUUCAGCUUAGUUUCCCACUUUGAUGUUGAAAAAACUACUCCAAAAGGUCAGGCCGGGUCGGCGGCUCUGCCUUAUAAUGUAUACAAGAAUUUUACAUAAUUGCUAUGAGCUCUGCAUGCUUACUGUCAGAGAUACUGCAGAGCGGAAGCCCAAAGCACGUUGAUAUGAUCAUGCAGAGACUGUCAACACCUGCAUCUCUCUCAAUAAUUGUAGAAAUUCUGACCCCGAGAAAUAACAGACAAGAGGAAGUUAAGAGAAUUGAAGGGUCAGGGUAUGGGUGUUUGUUUAUGGGCUUUUCUGAUGGGAUUAUUUUGCUUCUGCAAAGGAUGCUCGCGAAAUCAAUUGCAAACGACAAUGUUAGAGAAUUCAUUAUGGGGCUUAAUCAGUCUGGAGUCCCAGCACUGAUUGUGACGCUCAUCAAUGGUCUGAAUGCCAAAUGUGAAAUUUCCCCUAAAGGACUGAUUUCGCUUUUAACCUUUAUUCAUGAUGCAAUUUAUGAGCAGUUCAGAGUCCUCUUGCAGACUCUAAUUCAUGACGGCAUCAUCAAAGUUUUAGCAUCAUAUUUGAAAGAAAGCCAGCUUGCCAGCAUCCAAGAAUGGCCAGUUGUGUGCGGAGGUGGGCCAAGUGCAGUCAACCUUAUUAUUGCUCAGGUUUUAAGAAUUUUUAACCUGCCACACUCCAUGCAAAACUAUGCAAAGGAGCUCGAACAGUUCAAUAAAGAAUGUGCUGACUCUGAGAUUAUAACUUCAACGCUAAAUAUUAUGAAAUUCCUGUCAAGAGAGCACUUGGGGAUCGCAGUUUCAUUGCUAUCGAAAAUGAUAGUGAAUACAGAUGGCUCCAAGCCAUUUGCCCAGCAGUUUGUAAACGCAGGAGGUAAUUUAAGUUAAGUAAGAAAACUCUUGAAUGUCUUUGUCUUCUGUUUUCUAAAGCCUUUUACUUGGGAUACGACUUAAUUGAUCGGUAGUUACAUGACCAUUAGAACUUCAAUUGCCUCCAGCUUCAAAAAGCACUUUUCUUCCACUACCCAGUGCCAGUGGAUAGUACCUCUAUAAGGUAAACUCUCAGAAGAACCAAAGUUCCUCUUCACUGAGCCUAAGUAAGCGAACUACCCUUACCAGUUCACCUCCAUUUUAACUAUUCAGGAGGUAUGAAUAUUAUAAGUCAAUACAACCUUCUCGCCCAAGACAACCCUACCCAUCUCUUAGUCGAUAUUUUAUCUCUCAUAAGCCAACUAGCGAGGCUACAGCGAGAAAACUAUGAGCUAAUUCACAAUGAAAACAUUUAUGGAGACUUAAGAAAACUCAUAGAGCAUCGAGAAUCAACUGUGAGAAGCAAAGUUUGCAACCUGAUAGGGAAUAUUUGCCGGCACUCAGCCUUCUUCUAUGAUUAUAUCUUAGAGCAUGGGCUUAUUGCAUGCGCUAUAAACUGCUGCAAGGACCCAGAUAGGACCACAAGAAAAUUCGCUUGCUUUGCUGUUGGAAAUGCAGGGUUCCAUAAUCAGAAAUUAUAUGAGCACUUAAGACCUUGCGUGCCUUUGCUAGUGGAUUUAUUAAGCGAUGAAGAAGAAAAGACGAGGGCAAAUGCAGCUGGGGCAUUGGGAAACCUUGUAAGGAAUUCUGAUUUGCUGUGUAUGGAUUUAAUAAGACACGGAGCAUUAAAGCAGCUAUUGGAGGUUGUCAGAAGCGACCAAGCCCAAUCGCAGUCGCCUAGGCAAGUCGCUUUGUUUUCAAUAGGGAACUUGUGUGUUUAUCCCCAGUGUAAAGAAGAAUUUGAGCGGCUGAAUAUUCGGUCAGUUAUAGAAGGAUACUUGCAUCAUAAAGAUCAACAGGUCAUGAAAUAUGCGACAAGAAUACUUCAAAAAUUGGGCAACUAA